AUGGACGUCCGAGUGCGCCUGGUAUUCGCGGACGAGCUGGGGCGCCACGUGCUGCGCCGACGCGGGUUCUCGUCGUGCUGGUAUCUCGUGCCAACGGACGCGAAGCUCGUGGGGGACUUGGCGCACGCGCUGCUGCGGGAGUUUGAGCUGCGCCGGAGAUGUCCCAAGGGGCUGGAGCUGCGGCUGCAAGAGCUGCCACUGCUGGCCACGCAGAGCAUCCGCCUCGUGCGGGACGACGACACCAUUGUCGUCCAAUGUCCGCCUCUGGAGGACGAUGUUAGUGACAGUGAGAAGGCGUCGUCCUCCGAGAGCGAGGAAGAGACGGCGAAGCUCAAAUCCACGCAACGGAAGCGGAAACUGAAGCUGAAGCAGCAGAAGAAGCCCGAGAGAAAAAUCAAGAAGGCUCGUCACGCUCCGAAGGACACUAAGGAACAAAUUAGUGCAGAGAGCAAGCCGCGGGAGAACGGUGGAAAGCUCGAGUUCGAGCUCCAGCUCAAGCUCCAGCAGUGA